ACAAAUUGCAAUUCUAUUAGUGGAUCAAGAUUAGGUUAGAGGUUUGGGCUUUUGGGCUAGAAUUAGCUCUUAAAUUCUUCAUGCGGGCAUGUUUUGUUGCUUGGAAGAGUUAGCCGUAUAACACACCUAUUAAAUUGUGAGAAAAUAAAUAAGAUAAACUUUUUAAUCUAUAUGUACUACGUACGUUAAUCUAUGUAUACACAUAAUCUUGAAGCUGUCUCACAUGGGACUCACCUGUUAAAUGAAAUUAAUAGAUACUUCUGUGAGAUAAUAAUACUAAUAAGAGAAGUUAUGUACUCUACCUAUUACUGCCUUAACGUACGCAUUUUGAUCGAAGCUAGAUGCUAAAAUAUUUCAUUAUUAAUGUCUAUAUCGCUACAACUUUCACUAUAAGUAAGUAAAAAAAAAAAAAAAACUUUCACUAUAAGUUUACGAUAUGAUACAAACUAUAGAACAUGCAAGACAAAUCUGAUACGUAAAAGAAAAUUAAAGAGAAAAUGACGAAGGAGAAAGUAGAGGAGGAGCCUCUCAGCCCGAUGGCUCGGCUAUUCCAAUCGCCGGGGAUAGACAAUUGCAUUGUCACGAUGAUCGGUUUCAAGGCCAAGAUUAAUCGUGACAUCAUUCUAGAUGAAUUGAAGCAAAACGUUUCCAAGCAUCCUCGUUUCUGUAGUAAACUGUCAGAUGAUGGUGCAAGAUGGAUGAAAAUAAAAGUCAAUGUAGAAGACCAUGUAUUUGCACCAGACAUAGACCCACAAGAGAUCAACAAAGAUGGAGAUAGUUUCGUGGAUGACUAUGUCUCUCGUCUAACGCUUAUUCCUCUCGAUAAAUCAAAACCAUUGUGGGAUAUUCACAUCCUCAAUGUCAAAACAUCUGAUGCAGAAGCGGUUGGUGUAAUGAGAUGUCAUCAUUCUUUGGCAGAUGGAAUGUCCUUGAUGUCUCUCUCGGUGGCGUUUACCCGAAAAACAUCAGAUCUUGAGGCAUUUCCUACCAUUCCUGCCAUAAAACGGCGUGAACAAAUUAUGUCACAACGUCUUGGAAACAAAGGAUGGCUUUUAAGAUGGAUAUUCGCAAUUUACUUUGCGGUUAGAUUGAUUUGGAAUACCAUUGUAGAUCUUCUAUUGCUCUUGGCGACUAUAAUGUUUCUGAAGGAUACAGAGACGCCUCUUAACGAGGGUGCCAGUGUCGGGAAUAAUGCAAGAAGAUUUUAUCACCGAACUAUCUCAUUGGAUGAUAUUAAGCUUAUAAAGAACGCUAUGAACAUGACUAUCAAUGAUGUUCUACUCGGAGUUACACAAGCCGCUCUCUCCCGCUAUUUGAACCAGCGAUAUGGCGACAAAGAUGGUGAGGAUGGAACAACGACAUCGGAUCUAAACAAUCUUCCAGGUGAAAUACGAAUUCGAGCAGGUGUUGCGGUUAAUCUAAGGCAGGAUAUUGGAAUCCAGCCUGUGGAGGAUAUGUUGGCCAAGGGUUCGAAAUGUAGAUGGGGAAAUUAUGACUCCUUAGUUUUUGUUCCGCUCUCCAUCAGUUUAGAAAUCGAUCCAUUGGUUCCUCUAUUAAAAGCUAAAUCAAUAAUGGAUCGAAAGAAGCAUUCUCAUUGCGCCGCUAUGCAUUAUUCAGUCCUCGAGUUUAUCAUCAAUACUUUCGGACCUAAGGUAUUCAAACGAACAUGUUCGAAUACAACAACAAUCUUAUCAAACAUCGUUGGCCCUGUGGAAGAAGUUAGUUUACACGGAAAUUGUAUCACUUACAUCGCUCUAAGUGGCUAUGGACACUCGCAAGCCCUGAUGAUACAUUUCAUAAGUUACGCGAAGAAAAUGGUAAUUACGAUAGCGGUCGAUCCUGCGGUCAUACCAGAUCCUCACAAUAUUUGCGAUGAAAUGGAGAAGUCUUUGAAAGACACUCUGUCUAGUAAAAGUGACCGGUUUGUUGGAGUGCAUAGUUGAAGCUACUAAUCUCUGUAAAAAAUUGGUAUGUGUAUGGGUGAUUGUCUUAAGUGUGAAAUAAUUUGUGUAAAAGUUUAUAUUAUGCGAUUGUAACUAUGUGUGAACACCGAAAAAUAUGGGUGUAUGUAACAAAAGCUUUCUUAUUUUCAUUUCCUCCUCUUCCCAAAAA